UCAGCUGUCAUUUAUUUUUCAAAAUGGCUCCUACCCGGAGUGUUUUAGGAUUUUUGAACCCAAAAACUAUUAGUACAGUUUUCACUAACAACAUUUUAAAAACUCCUUACCGAUAUGUGCAUGGGUGUAAUAAUUGUGAUAUUUUUUUAGGUGGUCCUAUUAUAUCUGUUGCCUCAGCAGCUCGUACAAAUUUCAAAGUCGGGUCCCGACACCGGCUUAUUCACACUACGCACAAUUUGAACGCGCGGGCUGAUUAUUACAAGGUCCUCGGUGUUGCUAAGAAUGCUUCGCCUAAAGACAUCAAGAAGGCGUACUACCAACUCGCCAAGAAAUACCAUCCUGAUGCAAACAAGUCCGAUCCAGAAGCUUCUAAGAAGUUCCAAGAGGUGUCUGAGGCCUACGAGAUACUCUCAGAUGAGAACAAACGCAAGCAGUAUGACACAUUUGGAACAACCUCAGAUCAAAUGGGUAUGGGUGGUGGGCCUUCUGGCGCCGAUGGCUUCACUCACCAAUGGCAGUACAAGUCUACCAUAGACCCUGAGGAGUUGUUCCGGAAAAUAUUUGGAGAUGCCGGCUUCAAGAGUGAUGCCUUCAGUGACUUUGCUGAGUCCCAGUUUGGAUUUGGUGCUGCUCAAGAGAUGGUUGUAAACCUUCGGUUCACGGAAGCUGCACGCGGUGUUAAUAAGGACUUGAAUGUCAACAUAGUGGACACUUGUACCAAGUGCGGCGGUACCCGAUGUGAGCCCGGUACUAAGGCUAUUAAGUGCACAUACUGUAACGGUACUGGAAUGGAGACCUUCUCACGUGGUCCAUUCGUGAUGCGUUCUACCUGCCGACACUGCCAUGGUACUAGGAUGCUUAUUAAGUUCCCGUGCGUUGAGUGCGAAGGGAAAGGACAGUCGGUGCAACGCAAGAAAGUAACAGUGCCGGUGCCAGCGGGCGUCGAAGAUGGCCAAACAGUGCGCAUGGCGGUCGGCAACAAUGAGAUAUUCGUCACCUUCAAGGUUGAAAAAUCCAAUUACUUCCGCAGGGAGGGACCUGACGUACACACUGAUUGCACUAUAUCCGUCUCCCAAGCGCUAUUGGGUGGUACCGUGAGGGUUCAGGGACUAUACGAAGACCAUACACUGCAGAUAAUGCCGUGCACGUCCUCUCACAGCACCAUCCGCCUGUCGCGGAAGGGAAUGAAGCGGGUCAGCCAACAUGGAUACGGAGACCACUAUGUACACAUUAAGAUACAGGUACCAAAGUCACUAUCGAGUAAGCAGAAGGCUCUGAUCUACACGUAUGCCGAACUGGAAGAAGACACGCCGGGUCAGAUACACGGCGUCUCGUUCGACAGAGAUGGUAAGAAAGUGUCAGUAUUCGAGCCUCAUGAAAUGGUUGACGCUGUCAAAGAAGCCAUUAGAGAAAAGAAAUCCAUAGAGGGAACAACACCUGAACAGGGCACAACACCUGAAGAGGGCACAACACCUGCUGAAGAGGAGGUCCUCGAAGAAUCUAAAAGAAGCAAGGGGUAGAUAGUUGAAUAUUUAGGGGUUAAGCGCUUUGUCGAUGAGAUGACAGACCCUCGGAAUUUUAAUGUUACAGAGGAGUAAGCAAAUGGAGUACUCAUCAAAAACUACUUUUUGGAAAACCGAAAGCGGUUGUCCCAAAUACUUGCUGAGCAGCUACAAUUUAGAAUAUUUAUUGCUUUUGGUUAUUUAGUUCAAUGUAAAAUGAAGAAGCGUUCCUAGUAGCGAAAUGAAUGGCUGUUGCUGUGCGAUGUUUAAAUAACGAAAAGCUGGUACAUGUAUGCAAUUAGUAGAAGUACUUUGUAUUUGACACUCCAUUUACUUAUUAAUCUGUACUGACUGGUACGUAGUGGAGAAAGGUCUUUGAUAAAAUUUGAAGAUGUUAAGAGCAUGACUUGUCUUGAUACCAAGGUGUUUGAUCGUAUACCUAUUAUACCUAGGUCUCCGGUAGCUGUAUUUUUUGGCCUAGUGGGAAUGGAACGAGGUUAUGUAUGUAAAGGAUAGAUUUGGUAGCUUCUGCAUCGUUCAAUGGCUCCUGUAUUUAAAGUGCGAAGGUGUAGUAAUAAUUCUUCUCUAUCAUCAGCAAAGCGUAUUAACCCAAUAAUAGGUAAAAAUUCCAAAGUUUAAGAAUGUUUCGAUAUAAUGAAAUGCCCGCUUCUUUCUGUAAACGAUAUUCUUAUUUUUGUUUUUAUAUAUUUAAAUUUACCACGACUAGGUAUUCCCCGUUUGUAUGAUUUACUUUACAAUUCUGUGAUACAAUGUAGAAUGGUUUAACAUAAUUACGUUUUAGUUUUGCGAAUAAAAUGUUAUAGUUAUUUCAAUGUCUGAAGAUUCAGGUUUUAUUAGACAUUUUGCUAAAUAAUUAUAAUCAAAGAAGCUGUACAUAGCCGUUGACUAGUGUGUAGGAAAUGGUAGGUAAAUAAAAAAUUGAAUGAAUAA